CUGCCGACCACCCUACGCCUACGGCCGCUGUGGUGGUGACACCUGACGGCCGACGCGCCACCCUCCUGCACACGGUGCGGUGGCGAGGCGACUUCCACCUUCCUUCCCCCCCGCCCGGUCUCGCACGCCCCGCGCACGCCGUCAAGGACUCGUCUCGUCUCCUUGCCCAGUUCCCACCCGCUUUAUCCCUCCUCCUCAUCCCCCACUAGGCCACUACCGCUCAGCAGCUGUUCCUCACUUCCUCAUCGGUUCCUUCCGACCACGCACGGAGGGCCUACGCUCGUGAGUGGUGACGGUGAUCGAUCUUGGCGUGUCGACUCGGCCCGUUUCGCUGGUCGGUCCUCGUCGGCGCCCCCGAGAAGCCGGAUCGAGGUGUUUCGAUUGCAUAUCUAAUAGAGUUAUCUUCCCCCGAGUUUAGUAAAAUGUCCUUUCUAUGGAAGUCGAGCAAUGGUGGUACAACAGAGAAAACCAUGACCGUGGAAGAACAGCAACAGAAAAUAGAUGAGUUACGCAAGCAGCUUGGCGAACCCUCGUCAGUAGCAAUACAGGGUUUCCUUUCAGAUGCCUCGAUAUUGAGAUUUCUUCGAGCAAGAAACUGGAAUGUACAGAAAGCGAGUAAAAUGCUGAAAGCAGCUGUGAAGUGGCGGGCAGCAUACAAGCCAGAAAUGAUUUCCUGGGAAGACAUUGCUCAUGAAGCAGAGACUGGAAAGAUAUAUAGGGCUGACUACAAGGACAAACUUGGAAGAACUGUUCUUGUGCUGAGGCCAGGCUUAGAGAACACCACCUCAGGAAAGGAACAGAUCAAAUAUCUUGUUUACUCUUUGGAGAAAGCGAUUAUGAAUCUGACAGAUGAUCAGGAGAAGAUGGUGUGGCUGACAGACUUCCAGGGCUGGACAAUGGGAAGCACACCUCUGAAGGUGACCCGAGAGACUGUGAACGUCUUGCAAGACUGUUAUCCUGAGAGACUGGGCCUAGCGAUCCUUUACAACCCUCCUAGGUUGUUUGAGUCUUUCUGGAAGAUAGUGAAGCCAUUCUUGGACCAUGAGACCUACAAAAAGGUGAAGUUUGUGUACUCUGACGAUAAGGAGAGCCUGAAGAUUAUGGCCGAGGUCUUUGACGUGGAUAAGCUGGAUUCAGCAUUCGGGGGAAGGAAUCCAGCCACCUUCGAAUACAACAGCUACGCGGAACAAAUGAAACAGGAUGACAAGAAGAUGCAAUCUACAGAUGCGGGCUCUGACGCUUCAAGUGAGGCUUCCUUCUACAGCGGAUCGGAUUCCCCAAAGCACGGAAGUGCAGAGCAAGUUGCAGCGAAGAACGGCUGAUUUGUUUAAAUGUUAGUAUUUGGUACUAUAUCUGAAAGGGGUAGGUAAAAAACCCACAAUUAUCUAACUAGACCUGUUGCGCCGGUUUACAAGCUGGUUAGGAUCCUUCUGUUGAUCACGUUAUUGGGUUGAAGACAUGGAAUCUUCUCAAUGCGUGGUAUUGUAGAAGAUUUGGAGGGGAAAGUUUGGACCAGAACUUGUGAUGCAUUGACAUCUACCGAGCAACAUAUAAAUGAGAACUGAAGUCCUGCCGCAGGCUUUUAUACGAAAUAAUUUGAUGCUCUGCUCAUGUGUUGCAUGACAGCAUCAGUCACUUCAGACUA